AUGCGUAUCCAUACGUGCUACUUUUGCUCGAGCCCCGUAUAUCCGGGUCAUGGCAUCACCUUCGUGCGCAAUGACAGCAAGAUUUUCCGCUUCUGCCGCUCCAAGUGCCACAAAAAUUUCAACCGCAAGCGCAAUCCACGCAAGGUUAAAUGGACCAAGUCCUUCCGAAAAGCAGCGGGCAAGGAGAUGGCGCUGGACACCACGUUCGAUUUCGAUAAGCAACGUCAUCGUGCUGUCAAGUACGACCGUGAGCUUAUGGGCGCUACCAUUCACGCCAUCGAGCGUGUGACGCAGAUCAAGGAGAAACGCGAGGCUGUUUUCUAUAAAAACCGCAUGAAGGACAGCAAGGCCAAGGCCAAGGCGCGCGACAUGCGCGAGCUGGAGCAAAACAUUUCUCUUAUCGAGCCAGCGGCAUCAGCACUCAAGGACCAGGCACAGCUCAACGUGUCGGUUUCCAAGCAGAAGGAUGCGGCAGCUACCGAGGCACCAUCCUCUAUGGUCUUAGAUCAGUAA